AUGAAGCGUGGGGUGAUGCUGCUCGUUCUGCUGGCCUGGUGCUCCGUAACAGAAGCAAGGGAAUAUUGGGCAUACGUGCCUGAUCCCCCGAUGCUGCACGUGUCCGUGUGGGAAGGGCGCAACGUCCCGGUUUAUGUUAACAAUACCAAGCUUCUUGGGAGGCCUUCGAAUGGUCACCUCCAGGCGCACAGCCCAGUGCCAUACAAUUUUUCCGCUGUAGGAGAAGGCACUCCUAUCUGUUUUUCCAAGAACGUGAGUGCAACGGGCUGUGUCACCCUCCAGGGGGUCACUUUUAAGGUCAACAGCUCCACUGUCGGAUGGAACAUCAACGUAACGAGCCUCGGGGGCUCAGGAACAGGACUGAAUGCCUCACUCCCUCGAGACAUCUUGCCAUGUGAAAAACCAUCUGAUUUACGAGAGCAUUCAGUACCUUGGGAGCGGUGCUACACCAAUCAAGCUGUUGCCUUCCCGAUCCAGGGCACCAACUCGUCCAUCAUCAGUUGGUCCGUCUUUAAUAAGACCAGUUGGACUCAAGGACUCUAUGAGGGACUCUGGAGCGUGGCUGGCGGUCCAAUCCAGCUACUACUCUGGAAACUGGCUGCCGCCCAGAAUCUGGUCACAGCCGUAAUGACACCCAAGAAUGGGACCGCGAUUAGCUGGACAGUUAAUGUGACUGCCUGUGUGCCAGAGCCUUAUGCCUUGCUGGUGGGGAAGGUGAAUAUUUCCCAUCAAGGUCAGACCUUUAAUGCUACUUGUGUAAAUUGUCUGUUAACCAAUUGUAUUGCUAACAUACCUUGGGGAGAACAGGUGGUUGUUCUUCACCAGCCUGCCUUUGUAAUGGUCCCGGUAAAUCUCUCUGAGCCUUGGUAUAGUGACCAUUCUCUCCAGGUGUGGAGGGAAAUUACCUCAGUCCUCAGCAGACCCCGGAGGUUCAUUGGGUUGCUGAUAGCCGGUGUCACGGCCUUGAUAACCCUCAUUGCCACAGCUGCAGCUGCUACUGUGGCCCUUACUCAAGAGGUACAGACAGCUCAUUUUGUCAAUGACUUAUCCAAAAAUGUUAGCACAGCCUUAGGGACACAAGAGGUAAUUGAUAAAAAGAUUGAGGAGAAGCUCAAUGCUUUGUAUGACAUGGUUAUGUACCUAGGGGAAGAAGUAGAUGGGUUAAAAGUAAGAAACAAGCUACAAUGCCAUGCCAACUAUCAAUGGAUAUGUGUUACACCUCAGCCAUACAAUCGGUCUGCUCAUGGCUGGAAUAAGGUAAAGGCUCACUUAUCAGGAAUCUGGCACAGUGCUAAUGAUUCCAUAGACCUACUAAAAUUACAUGAGGAGAUUUUAGGUCUGCAAAGCUCAGACCCCCUUAAGGUGGAUACAGCGGAUACUGCCAAGGACUUUUUGAACCAGCUUAUGCGCAUGGUCCCUUCCACCUCUGACCUUCAACAUGUGGCCCUUACCGUAGCCCUAGUAGGGGCCGUGGUGGUAGGGCUAGCAUGCCUUUUGCCUUUUUUGGUGCGCAGAGGAAUCAGCGCUUUGACGCUUCUCCAAGCAGGCCUACACGAGGUCAAGCUCAAGGCCGGCCCACAAGGGCCUAUACAUGUUGUAUAG